AUGCGUGUCUUCCUGACCCUCGCUGCGGCCGUCUUUGCCGUCGUCGCCCUCGCCGGCAGCGAUGCCAACCCUUUCAUCAACCCAUCCGGGGGCUACAGCUUCACCGUGGGCGAGGCUACUACUCUCCAGUGGACGCCCACGACCAGCGGCACCAUCUCGCUGCGUCUGCAGUGGGGAUCCGUGACCACCGCGACCUCGGGAACUCUUAUUGCUUCCGGUCUCGAGAACGAUGGCAGCUACACCUGGGAUGUCCCGUCUGAUCUGACCUACAAGUCCGACUACACCAUCGAGAUCAUCUCCGAUGAAGACAGCGAUGACUACAACUUCCUGCCUCGCUUCACGGUCCAGGGUGCCACGACCGCUGCGGCCACCUCCACCACUGCGUCGUCCACCACUGCUUCCUCGACUACGGAGUCGACUUCCACCUCGACCUCCACCUCGAGCACCAGCUCCAGCUCCACCUCGAGCUCGACCUCCUCCAUGACCACCAUGACCACCGCGACCAGCACCUCCGCUUCCACGUCCUCCACUAGCAGCUCGACCUCGGCCUCCAGCUCGGCCAGCGCCAGCGCCUCGGCCUCCGAGACCGCCGUGCCGACCACCAACGCCGGCCUGGUCAACCGUGUCUCUGGCGGCAUGCUCGCCGUCGUGGCCGGUGCCGCUGUUCUGCUGUAA